CCCGCCCCCCGCGGCGCCCAGUCCCGCGCCCGCCUGCCCGCCGGCUGCACGCGACCCUGCGGUCCGGCUCCCUCGGGCGCCGACCCCGCGUCGCGGACCCGCGAUGGCCAAGCGCAGCUCGCUGUCCAUCCGCAUCGUGGAGGGGAAGAACCUGCCCGCCAAGGACAUCACUGGCAGCAGUGACCCCUACUGCAUCGUGAAGGUGGACAAUGAGCCCAUCAUCCGGACAGCCACUGUGUGGAAGACCCUGUGUCCAUUCUGGGGCGAGGAGUAUCAGGUGCACCUGCCUCCCACCUUCCAUGCGGUGGCCUUCUACGUCAUGGAUGAGGAUGCCCUCAGUCGGGACGACGUUAUCGGGAAGGUCUGCCUUACCAGGGACACCCUGGCUGCUCACCCGAAGGGUUUCAGUGGCUGGGCCCACCUGACGGAGGUCGACCCUGACGAGGAGGUGCAAGGCGAGAUCCACUUGCGCCUUGAGGUGGUCCCGGGGACGCCGGCGGGCCGGCUGCGCUGCUCUGUGCUGGAGGCCAGGGACCUGGCCCCCAAGGACCGGAACGGUGCAUCUGACCCCUUCGUCCGAGUGCGCUACAACGGCCGGACACAGGAGACCUCGAUUGUGAAGAAAUCAUGCUACCCACGCUGGAAUGAGACAUUUGAGUUUGAUCUGGAAGAGGGGGCUGCGGAGGCGUUGUGUGUGGAAGCCUGGGACUGGGACCUUGUCAGCCGGAAUGACUUCUUGGGCAAAGUGGUGUUCAAUGUCCAGAGACUGUGGGCGGCCCAGCAGGAGGAGGGCUGGUUCCGGCUGCAACCCGACCAAUCCAAGAGUCGGCGGGGAGAGGGCAGCCUGGGCUCCUUGCAGCUGGAGGUGCGGCUGCGGGACGAGACGGUACUGCCCUCCGGCUGCUACCAGCCCCUGGUGCAGCUGCUGUGCCGUGAGGUGAAGCUGGGCACCCAGGGCCCAGGGCAGCUGAUACCUCUUAUAGAGGAGACAACGAGCACAGAGUGCCGCCAGGGGGUGGCCACCAACCUGCUCAAGCUCUUCCUGGGGCAGGGACUGGCCAAAGACUUCCUGGACCUGCUCUUCCAGCUGGAGCUGGGUCGCACCAGUGAGGCUAACACCCUGUUCCGGAGCAACUCUCUUGCCUCAAAGUCCAUGGAGUCUUUUCUGAAGGUGGUGGGGAUGCGGUAUCUGCAUGGCGUCCUGGGCCCCAUCAUCGACAGGGUGUUUGAGGAGAAGAAGUACGUGGAGCUGGACCCCAGCAAAGUGGAGGUCAAGGACGUAGGGUGCUCCGGGCUGCACCGCCCACAGACCGAGGCCGAGGUGCUAGAGCAGAGCGCGCAGACGCUGCGCAGCCACCUGGGGGCGCUGCUGAGCGCGCUCAGCCGCUCCGUUCGCGCCUGCCCCGCUGUGGUCCGCGCCACCUUCCGGCAGCUUUUCCGGCGCGUGCGCGAGCGCUUCCCCGGCGCCCAGCACGAGAACGUGCCGUUCAUCGCCGUCACCAGCUUCCUGUGCCUGCGCUUCUUGUCUCCCGCUAUCAUGGCGCCCAAGCUCUUCCACCUGCGGGAGCGGCACGCGGACGCGCGCACCAGCCGCACCCUGCUGCUGCUGGCCAAGGCGGUCCAGAACGUGGGCAACAUGGACACGCCGGCUUCCAGAGCCAAGGAGGCUUGGAUGGAGCCGCUGCAGCCCACCGUGCGCCAGGGCGUAGCUCAGCUGAAGGACUUCAUCACGAAACUGGUGGACAUCGAGGAGAAGGAGGAGCUGGACCUGCAGCGGACCCUGAGUUUGCAGGCCCCGCCGGUGAAGGAGGGGCCGCUCUUCAUCCACAGGACCAAGGGCAAGGGCCCUCUCAUGUCCUCCUUCAAGAAACUCCACUUUUCCCUUACCACCGAGGCCCUCAGCUUCGCCAAGACGCCCGGCUCUAAGAAAAGUGCCCUGAUCAAGCUAGCCAACAUCCGGGCAGCGGAGAAGGUGGAGGAGAAGAGCUUCGGCAGCUCGCAUGUCAUGCAGGUCAUCUAUGAGGACGAUGCGGGCAAGCCCCAGACCGUGUACCUGCAGUGCAAGUGUGUGAACGAGCUGAACCAGUGGCUGUCUGCGCUGCGGAAGGUGAGCAUCAGCAACCCCGGCCUGCUGGGCUCCUACCACCCUGGCGUCUUCCGCGGGGACAAGUGGAGCUGUUGCCACCAGAAGGAUAAAUCAGAUCUGGGCUGCGACAAGACCCGGUCGCGGGUGACCCUCCAGGAGUGGAAUGACCCUCUGGACCAUGACCUGGAGGCCCAGCUUAUCUGCCGGCACCUGCUGGGCGUGGAGGCCGCACUGCGAGAGAAGCACCGGGAGCUGAGUGCGGGCACAGAGGCAGGCUCUGUGCACACUGGCCCGGGGGAAGCCCCCGAGGACGCGCUGGCCCAGCUUCUGCAGGUGCUGCGGGACCUCCAGGAGGCCCACCGCUCCGGCCUGGCCAGUCCGCCGCCUUCGGAGCCCCGCCACCCCGGGCCACUGCAGACGUGAGGCCUGCCCCCCGCCCAGUGCCCUCGCCGAGCCCCCUGCCGGGUGCUUGGAGACCCCCGGUGCGCUUUUGGCU